AUGAUGGACUAUGGUCCUCGAAGACCUAAAGACGGAAAGUCCAAGAGCAAGAAAGAAGACGACGAGAAGCAAGGCUUCGCGAUAUUGAGAUCAUUCUUGAAAGAUUUAACAGAAUAUGGACAAGUGCCUCACUCGUGGUUUAUGCACUUCUACAUCACCUCAGUAUCUCUGUCAGGCUUCUGGGCUUGGCAAUAUUUAACGAGGGGAUCGGUGUUGAGGAGCAUUGCUACUUGGCAGGAUAGGGCUGGCAGAUCGUCGAUGAGCCUAGAGCAAGUAUAUAUCGCAUGGCUGCUCAUGGCGCUACAGGGUUCAAGGCGGUUAUAUGAGAGUUUGUUUGUAUUCAAGCCAGGCUCGUCACCCAUGUGGUUCAUUCAUUGGGCGCUUGGUGUUGCAUUCUAUGCUGUUAUAAGCCUCGCUGUCUGGAUCGAGGGUUCCAGUGCAAUUUUGUCAUGUUGGGAUUCUCCUAACCAGUCCCUUGAUAUCCCACGGAGGUUGCUAUCGGCUGUCCUGUUCUACUCCGUUGCAUACUUCAAGCAAAAUCAAUGCCACAGACAUCUGGCCAGCCUCAAGAAGUACACAAUUCCAACAGAAGGGUGGUUCAAAUACCUCAUCUGCCCCCACUAUACUGCCGAGUGCAUUCUGUAUCUUGCAAUUGCUUGGAUCGCUGCGCCUCCUGGUGAGCUAUUCAACAAGAGUAUCCUGACUGCAGUGGCGUUUAUAGCCGUGAACCUGGGCGCUACGGCAAAGGGCACAAAAGCAUGGUAUGAGAACAAGUUCGGCUCAGACAAGGUAGCCGACCGAUGGAUCAUGAUCCCACCUGUCUACUAG